AUGGCUGCUCAUCACAUCUCUCUUGCCAAAGCCUCCUUUGGCGCCUCUCUCCUGCGGCCCGAUGUAACGAAAGUGUCGCGCGAUGACCUCCCCACCUUUCAUAAUGCCUUCGAGGCCGCCCUUGCCCGAUGCUCGAAUCGCAAUAUACAGACAUGCAAGCAAUGGCUGUUGGAAAAUGUCGUUGUCUCGGCGGCAAGGACCAACGCUUUGGGGAAAUAUCUGGUCACCAUCUCCCGACACCUUGCGAGCCAGGCAGAUGAAGCAAUCCGGGCAUCUGUCCCGCGUCGGCGACUCCAUAUCCUCUACCUAAUAAAUGACCUCCUUCACCAUGCCAAACAUCACGACCAUAAUGUCGCUCUUCGUAACAACCUGGCGCAGUCUCUCCAACCAUUCCUGGCUGACCUAUUCCAACUCGGUGCAUCGGAGGCCAAACCACGCGUGCGGAGGCGAAUGUUUGAUUUGAUUGAACUUUGGAAAGAAGAGGAGUACUUUGGCAAAUCUGUUGCCGAUAAAAUGCACGAUGUCCUCGCGGGCGUUCCGCCCGAAUCAGAACCAACCUAUGAACCCGAGACCCAGCGUAAGAGUGCCGACAAGGAACUCCCAUACCUCAUUCCCUCGACACACGGCGACCCUUCUCUACCCUUCUACGAUCUCCCAGCCGGCAAUCUCAUGCGCCACAUUAUACCAAACAGUUCGCAGCCGAUUCGCCCUGACGAGGUCCGAGCACUCCAGUUCUCUGCCGGCCCUGCAGACGAGAGCUUGGUCACUGCGCUCAAAGACUUCUUGAACGACGUCAAGGGCUUUGAAACUACCCUCCCAAGGCUUGAACAAUCUGGCCUGUCCCCAGAGAUCGAUGAACUGGGUCAGAUCUCAUAUCAUAAUGAGGCGGGAGAUGUGGUUGGUGACACAUAUUACGGAUGGUCGCGGUCGUUUUGCGACAAGAUGAAGAAGCGUGGCAGGAGGAGUUCGGCGGACUCCUCUCGACGUUCAAGGUCACAAAGUUCGGAUCGAAGUCGCAGCGCGACACCUCAGAAGCGCAGACGUCGUAGUAUUUCGACCAACGGACGGUCCAGGUCUUCACGAUCGUACAGCCGCUCACCUCCCGCACGCCGGUCCGACAAACCGAGGAGACAAUGGGGUCGAAGUCACAGUCGGUCACGCUCCAGAAGCCGCUCAUAUUCUCCUAGCAACCAUCAGCCACGAUAUGAGCAACCUCCGAGAUUCGCUCCUUCGACGGCGCACGUCAAUGCAAACAUCGUGCCUGUUCCUCCACCUCCACCUCAACCAUCACUCGCGAUGCCAUUCCCACCUAUGCCGCUACCUACGGGUGUUCCGGUACCUCCUCCCAGACCACCGCAAUGGGUGGGCCCAUGGCCUCCUCCUCCGCCUCCUCAAUUCGCUCAAGGAAGCAUAGGAUAUCACAAUGCUCCCUUUUCCCCUCAUCCUCCACCUCCACCAACCACCUUUGUCUCGCCUCCAAACAGCUGGGGGCAAUUCCCCGGGGCGUCGUCCGGACAAAAUAAUCAAUAUGGAGACAGGCGCUGA